CUGUUAGUCAAGCUGAGAGAAGUUCACUCUGAUCAGCUGAUCCUAACUGACAACAGGAGAGGAGGAAGCCCGGGAGGCACCGAAGGAGGAGGGGGGCGGAGAAGGAGAUGAGGAUGGAUCCACCCGUGCCCUGAGGAGCAGCCUCCCACCCCCACUAGCGCCCCGCCGUCCCCGACGCCUCCUCGCCAGGCCGAGCUGUUCCGCGGUAUCUUUUGACAUAGUUACUUGAAGUUGAAUUAUAUUGAAAAACUCCUGACCACUUUAUUUCAUUACUGAAACUUCGUGGCUGAGGCCCAGCUCAUGAGCCCCUCUUUGUGAACCCAACAGACCUUUCUCAGUCAUCAACAACUUCGAAGUUCAUUUUGACCACAUCUUUCCCUGCACUUUAUGGAGGAUAAAACCAUCAAACAAGAUCAACAUUGCUGCUGAUACAAGAGUCUUGGAAGAAGAAAAAAAAGAAAAGAAAAAAACAAACCCCAAACUCAAACAUUUGUGUGUGUGUAAAGAUAGAUUUUUUUUUUUUUAAAGCAUCUAGAGCCUUGUGUAAGUUCUGUGGAGUCUGCAGACUCAAAACCUUUGUCUUCACUUCUGGGGAAAGCUUGGUGACUGUUACAGAGUGGGUAGUUUCAUUACCUGAGUUAUGAGUGCCCAGACUUCCCUAGCAGAGAAGGGCCUGAAUCCUGGGCUGAUGUGCCAGGAGAGUUAUGCCUGCAGCGGGACUGACGAAGCUAUCUUUGAGUGUGAUGAGUGUUGUAGUUUGCAGUGCCUGCGCUGUGAGGAAGAACUCCAUCGGCAAGAGCGCCUGCGGAACCAUGAGCGGAUAAGACUCAAAGCUGGCCACGUCCCUUACUGUGACCCCUGCAAAGGCCCCAAUGGGCAUUCUCCAGGUGUUAGACAAAGGGCAGCUGUGAGAUGUCAGACCUGCAAAAUCAACUUGUGCCUGGAGUGCCAAAAGAGAACUCAUUCUGGAGGUAACAAGAGGAGGCACCCUAUUACUGUGUACCAUGUCAGUAAGGUCCAGGAGUCCCUAGAGGCAGAGGAGAUGGAUGAGGAGACCAAGGGGAAGAGGAUGACGGAGAAGGUUGUGAGUUUCCUCCUAGUAGAUGAAAAUGAAGAGAUUCAGGUAACAAACGAAGAGGACUUUAUUAGGAAAUUGGACUGUAAACCUGAUCAGCAUCUGAAGGUGGUUUCCAUUUUUGGAAAUACUGGUGAUGGAAAGUCUCAUACCCUCAACCACACUUUCUUCUAUGGCCGUGAAGUCUUCAAAACUUCUCCUGCCCAGGAGUCCUGCACGGUGGGAGUGUGGGCUGCCUAUGACCCAGUGCACAAAGUAGCAGUGAUAGACACAGAAGGGCUGUUGGGGGCCACGGUGAAUCUCAGCCAGCGAACACGGCUGCUGCUCAAGGUUCUGGCCAUCUCAGACCUGGUCAUCUAUCGAACUCAUGCAGACCGGCUACAUAAUGACCUCUUCAAAUUCCUUGGGGAUGCCUCAGAAGCUUAUCUAAAACACUUCACCAAGGAGCUUAAAGCUACCACUGCCCGCUGUGGCCUAGAUGUCCCUUUAUCCACCCUGGGCCCUGCAGUUAUUAUUUUCCAUGAGACUGUACACACUCAACUACUGGGCUCUGAUCACCCUUCAGAGGUGCCGGAGAAACUUAUCCAGGACAGGUUCCGAAAGCUGGGCCGCUUCCCUGAAGCCUUUAGUUCUAUUCACUACAAGGGAACGAGGACUUACAACCCCCCCACAGACUUCUCUGGGCUUCGACGGGCUUUGGAGCAGCUGUUAGAGAAUAACACUACCCGAUCUCCCCGGCACCCGGGGGUCAUCUUCAAAGCCCUGAAGGCGCUGAGUGACCGCUUCAGCGGUGAGAUCCCUGAUGACCAGAUGGCGCACAGCUCCUUUUUUCCAGAUGAGUACUUUACCUGCUCCUCCCUGUGCCUCAGCUGUGGGGCUGGCUGUAAGAACAGCAUGAAUCAUGGAAAGGAAGGAGUGCCUCAUGAAGCCAAGAGCCGCUGCAGAUACUCCCACCAGUAUGACAACCGGGUUUAUACCUGUAAGGCCUGCUAUGAGAGGGGCAAGGAAGUCAGCGUGGUGCCCAAAACAUCUGCUUCCACUGACUCUCCCUGGAUGGGUCUUGCAAAAUAUGCCUGGUCUGGGUAUGUAAUUGAAUGUCCUAACUGUGGUGUGGUCUAUCGGAGUCGACAGUACUGGUUUGGCAACCAAGAUCCUGUGGAUACGGUGGUGCGGACAGAGAUUGUGCAUGUGUGGCCUGGAACUGAUGCAUUUCUGAAGGACAACAACAAUGCUGCCCAGCGCUUGUUGGAUGGGAUGAACUUCAUGGCUCAGUCUGUGUCUGAGCUCAGCCUUGGGCCCACCAAGGCUGUGACUUCCUGGCUGACAGAUCAGAUUGCUCCAGCCUACUGGAGACCCAAUUCCCAGAUCCUGAGCUGCAACAAAUGUGGGACGUCCUUUAAAGACAACGACACCAAGCAUCACUGCCGGGCCUGUGGGGAGGGCUUCUGCGACAGCUGCUCGUCCAAGACUCGGCCAGUGCCUGAGCGGGGCUGGGGGCCUGCGCCUGUACGGGUGUGUGACAACUGCUACGAUGCCAGGAAUGUCCAGUUAGAUGUUACCGAGGCACAGGCAGAUGAUGAAGGUGGAACACUGAUCGCUCGGAAGGUGGGCGAGGCAGUGCAGAACACUCUAGGAGCCGUGGUGACAGCCAUUGACAUACCACUAGGCCUGGUGAAGGAUGCAGCCAGGCCGGCCUACUGGGUGCCUGACCACGAGAUCCUGCACUGCCACAACUGCCGCAAGGAGUUCAGCGUCAAACUGUCCAAGCACCACUGCCGUGCCUGCGGACAGGGCUUCUGUGACGAGUGCUCUCAUGACCGCCGGGCUGUCCCUUCUCGUGGCUGGGAUCAUCCUGUCCGAGUCUGCUUCAACUGCAAUAAAAAGCCCGGUGACCUUUAACCCCAGCUCCCUCUCCGAGUCCUUCACAGUUCCCUAGGUUCUCAGGGUUAGAAACAGAAGUCAUUUGAAGUAGGCCCUCCUCCCGGUCACCUGCUGUGUAUGUCCUCUCCUCUCCUCAUCCUGGGGCCACUUUUCCUCCACGGGGUGAGCCUGGCGGCAGGCCCGAAGGCAUAAACCCCUCAGGGCAGGGGACCGAGCAGCUCACAGCAAAGGGGCAUGAACCUGAAUCCGUUGCAUUAAUUUCAGUUAAUAAUAAGUCUUAUCUAUCUAUGUAUUGCUCAAUAUAUACAAAUGAAAGGGAACUCUGGGAGUGUGUUAAGGCUGCUGCUGGCUGUGCAAACGCCGCCCCCCCCC